AUGCGCGGCCGCAACCCCAUCUCCCCCGACAACCAGCGGCUCCUGAACAAAAUCGUGCACCAGCUCGCCACCUCGCUGCAGCGGCAGAUGGUCGAGUUCGUGGACAUCCUGCUGGACGGGCUCACCGCCGCGUCCACCAACAAGCGCAACCUCGUCGCCUCGCUCGUGCGCGGCACCGAGAUCCCCAUCUUCGACGAGGACGACCGCAUGGUCUACCGCGACCUCGGCUUCAACGACCUCGUCGGCAUCGUCCACCUGCGAAACCUCGUCCUCGAGCUGCGCGGCCCCGCCAAGCCCGACGCCCCCGACCCCGCCUACGUGCCCCGCGUCCUGCGACAGCUCGACCUCGUGCGCGACUACUUCGUCUACCUGCUGGAGUGCCUCGGCUCCUACCUCGAGCUGCCCACCUGCACAGGCACCUACCGCGCCACGCUCGUGGAGCUGCUGCCCUGCUUCGAGCUUUUCUUCGCCGACAUGCGCUCGUUCAAGCGCAUCGCCGCCCAGCUGCUGCACGAUGCCCGCGAGACCGGCGCGUCCGACAGCUCCACCUUCGCCGUCGAGGACUCGGUGCUGCUGGAGAUCGAGGCGCUGGAACGCCGCAAGCUCCAGUUUCGCGGCCUGGUUGCCGGCCUCGACGUCCGGCCCUGCUGA